AUGGAGUCCAGUCCACCCUUUGAGCUAACGGUGCACCACCAAGGCACCGCGCAUAAAUUCAACCUCCCAUCAACCGCAACACUGCAAGACCUCGGCUCCGAAAUCGAAGCGACACUGAACAUUCCAAUCUCGAAUCAAAAGCUCCUCAUAGCCCCAAAGCCAGGCCUAAAAAAGGCCCCCUACCCACCCACACCACUCAGCGAACUCCCUCUCUCAUCACCCAAAUUCAAAGUCACUCUUCUCGGCGCCCCAGCCCAGGACAUCGCCGAUCUUCACAAACAAUCCUCAGAUACCAAGAAACGCGAAGAAGCCCGCAUCUCCGCUCUCGCAGCCGCCCGUCGAACCAACAAAGCCAACGCAGGCCGCAUAGCUGGCGGAGGUGGCGUCCACACCCUCUCCUCCUCGAGCAAUAACUACACUUUCGCCCGUUGCCUCCCUCUCUCCUACCUCCCCAACCCAGAUCGCGCCCUCAAGUUCCUAGAACGUCUCCGCGAUGACCCCGGUAUUCGCGCCGCGAUGGCAAAACACAAGUUCUCCGUGCCUCUCCUCACAGAAAUGAAUCCCGCAGAGCACACCACCAGCGAGUCGCGCACCCUCGGUCUGAACAGGAAUAAAGGCGAGGUGAUCGAGCUGCGUCUGCGCACAGAUGCGUACGACGGUUACCGUGAUUAUAGAACCAUUCGCAAGACCUUGUGUCACGAGUUGGCGCAUUGUGUGUUUGGGCCGCACGAUCGGGAUUUCUGGGAUUUGACGUCACAGAUUGAGAAAGAGGUCGAGAGGGCGGACUGGAAGUCGGGCGGGAAUCGCUUGACGCAGAAUGAGUUUUAUAAUCCUGGGGACUGGGAGAGCAUGCAAGCUGGAGAGGAGGAAUUUGAUGAAUGUGGGUGGACUGGAGGUGAAUUUGUGCUUGGGGGUUUGAGGGAUGGGGGCUCGUCUUCUGGAUCUACGGGGUCUGGAGCUGAGUCUAGAAGAGACAUUAUUGCCCGUGCUGUUGAGGAGAGGAUGAAGAAGAAGGAGAGUAAUAAGGAUAACCAGGAUGAUUCGCGAUGA